AUGUUAUCCACCGUCCCUCUCAAUGCGGGCCGCCGACGCGUGUUCGGCUCGGUUUUCUCCCCCGCGUCUCUUGAAGCUCGCCCGCCGCUCGCCUCGAGCUUCGAUCACGACCAAGCUGCCCUCGCUUCCUUCCAAUCGACUGCCUCGUUCGCCACUUUGAAAGUAGAUUCGCAGACAGGGUCCUUUGUGUCCGCGCAUGAAACAACUGAUCCACUUUCCGACCACGAAACAUGGGAUCAGGCAUGGUCUGCCGCAACCGCCUUUCUGUCUAUUCCAGAUCAUGGAUUUGCUCCAAUUUACGAAGCUAGGGAUACCGAUGGAAGCGAGAUGCUCAGGGCAUGGAACCGACUCACCCCACCAUCGAAAGAGACAGCCGACUCUCUGUCCUACCUAGCGGCCGCGACACAACAAACGAACACUCUACAAGGCGGAGCCAGCUCGCGAGGUUUGUUCAGCUGGUAUAGUGAUGAGAUUCGGCGACACUUCUUGACAAAUUUGCGAGGUGGACUAUACGAGGUCCUCCACAGCUCUGAUAAGUCGGGCUUGUUACGAACGAUCGUCGAUUGCCUUCAGCUGGCCUUUCGGUUAUACUUGGCCCCUAUUCGACACUACCUCUUGCCAUUGAUUCCUGCCUCCGAACAGAGCCGCAUAUUCACCCAACUUCAGCGGGGCUUCCAUACUGUUGUCUCGUAUUCUUUGCCAUGGCUACAGAUCUCACCGUUGUUAACCCAGGAAUUUGCGCAAGAUGCACUCAUCAUUCUCGGUAUCGACACUUUGCUUGAAGACCCGGAUUCGGAUGACGAAGAACAGGAUGAAAUGGAGGUCGAUGGAGAGUACUCGGUAUCCUACUGUGACUGGAAGCACGCCAAUGCAGAGACUCGCGCCCAUAUGAUGACAGAACACGAAAACAACGAGGUCACCAUGGCCCGGGAUCGUCUUCUAGCUUUCCUCAACGGCUUGCAGCUCGUGGGACUUGGCGGCGAUAAGGCCCAGAAGGUAUUUGCCAAUGUGAUGAACAUCAUGAUGACUGAGUUUAUACGCGCGGCCUAUACCUCUCAAUGGGAGGCCCCGACAUCAGUACCGCAGCAUCUGAGACAUUGGGUAGAGAAUGUUUUUGCCCGUCUUGCCGUUCAAGUCCUCAAUAUUAUUCACACGCAGCCGAGCAAUCAACCAGCUGGUACACUUGAUGUCAGCUUUACAGAUGUGGAAAAAUGGCAAGAAAUUGCCGUCUCUCGUCUGGGUGCGCUCCGGGCCAGUGAGCUUUUCGAUGUUAUUGUUGAAUGGCCUACCAGCACUGGAGCCGUGGAGGAUUUGAAACAUUUCACCACCCAUCCUGCCGCCCGCACAUACGUCACCCAGUCAUUUAUUGCGAUUCUAAACCAGCGGCUCUUGCACCCCGGUGCCUCAACGGUGGAGAUAUUGCAGUUGUACAUAUCCAUCAUCCGCGCCUUUCACCUCCUAGACCCGAAGGGUGUUCUUCUCGACCGCAUUGCUCGGCCCAUUCGACGAUACCUUCGUGACCGUGAAGACACCGUGAAGGUAAUUGUCAGUGGUCUCUUGGCUGAGCCCCCGACUGAUGAUACUUCGGAUCUACCUUCCAGUCAUGACACCUUGGUUGAGCUGUCAACAGAGUUGUCAAAGGCGCACCAACUUUCUCUGCAAACGAAUACUAGCGAACUGGACUGGGAUGACAUGAACUGGAUGCCAGAUCCCGUCGAUGCAGCACCAGACUAUCGGAAAUCGAAGAGCUCAGAUGUCAUCGAUAGUCUGAUCAGUCUCUUCGACUCUAAGGAGACAUUUGUCAAGGAACUACAGACCCUUCUCGGCGACAGGCUUCUCCAGAAGCGCGAAGACUACGACCAAGAGAUCUCUGUUCUCGAAUUACUCAAGGUUCGCUUCGGUGAUUCAGCUCUACAGGCCUGCCAAGUCAUGCUUCGGGAUAUAUCUGACUCUCGACGGGUCGACCACUCCAUCCGCCACGACCAGGACCUUCACGCUAAAAUCCUAUCUCGUUUCUUCUGGCCCGAGAUACAAGACCAAGAAUUCAUCGUUCCAGAAGAGAUCUCCUCGCUCCAAGAGCGUUACUCAGAGGGCUUCGAGGCUCUCAAGCAGUCGCGCAAACUGACCUGGCGCAACGGCCUAGGCCAAGUCACUGUGGAACUAGAGCUCGGCGACCGCUCAUUCUCAAACGAAGUAACAACCUGGCAAGCAACCGUCAUCCACGCCUUCAACUCAACGACCGAAAAUGAACAGGAACCGAUUUCCAAAUCAAUCCUCGAUCUCUCCACUGACCUGAAGAUGGCCAGCGCUCUCGUUCGCAGCGCCUGCUUGUUCUGGGUCAGCAAGCGUAUUCUCGUCGAAACAUCCCGCGAUACAUUCCGCGUUCUAGAAUUUCUUCCCACAGAAGCAGAAGUCGCAGAAGGCUCUGCCAACAACGACGGCGGUGCCGGUGGUAUCACCGCGGACGCAGGCGACGCAGCUGCAGCUGCCGAAGCCGCCGCGGCAGCUGCAGCAAAGGAAACCGCUGAAGCGGCAGCUAUGGAAAAGAUGAAUCUUUACUGGCAAUUCAUUCUUGGCAUGCUGACGAACCAGGGUGCGAUGAAUCUGCAGAAAAUCGUCAUGAUGCUGAAGAUUGUCGUGCCUGGUGGUUUCCCGUUUAGUAAUGAGGAAUUGCGGGAGUUCCUAGCUGGGAUGGUUUCCAAGGGCAAGUUGGAGAUUGUUAGUGGGGGCAGCUAUAAGCUUGUUCAUUAA